AUGUACCGUCUUUCCCGGUAUGCGAAGCAUGCUUGGAACUUACCUUUAGCUCUACAACGAACACAUUUACGCAUCAGAACUUUAGGUACGUUGAAAGAAGACAAAACGAAUUCUGGUCCAAAACUACAAGAAACGCUUGCUGAUAAUCUUAUUGGCGACCUUCCUCAACAAUUGGUAUCGGAGGGAAACGGAUUUCCAUCCACGUCGGCUGAAAACCAAAUCGACACUUUGAGAUGUUACGAAAAGCUUCUGCGAAGUGGCUUUACUCCCAAGCAGAGUUCACUAGCCAUAGAAUUGCUUCUUCAAACCUUGAAUACCGAGUUUUUUGAUACUUACAACGAUAGAUUUCUGCGCAAGACAGAGCUGGAGACCCAAUCACACCUUUUCGACGCUGCAGAGUCAGAAUUACGUUAUACAAUUCAGAUUUCUCGAGAGUCUGCGCUCAGCGAACAAAAUCUUAAGCUGCUGCAGCUAAACCGGAGUCUUCAUCUCCUGCACGAUGAACUUAACGAGCUGACCAUAAACUUACUGAAGAAAGACUCGAAGGUCGACUUCAAUGACCGCAAGAUCGAAAAUACCUUGCUGCAUCGGAACAUCCAUCUCCAGCUUAAAGACUGCAACAACAAAAUCGGAACUCGUAUUAUUGGCGAUACGAAAUCAGACAUUGAGAAUCUAAGAUGGCAAACAACGCGGAGCGGUCUGUUUGCGGUCUUGGGUUUGGUAUUCUUCAUCAUGAGUGGGGUCAGCAUAUCGAAACGAAUAAGCUCAGAGAACUACAAGCCCGCAGAAGUGGUUCUCCACACUAUCGAGCGGGAAGAGGAAGAUGAAGAGGAAUACGAGGAUAAGGGCAAUAUGGGUGGUGGCAAUAGUGACCACAGCCUGCUUCGCGAGUGA